UGGUCAGUCUGGUGUUUCGUUUAAGAUUAAUUUUGAACAUCAGACCUCCCAGGCUGUUUGGCUUUUGUUCCUGCCAACACUUAAGAGUUUUGUCUUUCAUUCUGUCACUCUUCUACACCUGUAUGAGGUGAAGUAAAUUACCAAGUUACACAAUUUACGGGUUCUUUUGGUAUAGUUUUAAUAGUAGCUUGGCUCAAAACUCCGUUUUAAUUUGUUCGAUUGUAGUUAUUUUAACCAGAAUUUUACACUUUAUCAUUAACUUCUCUUUUACCUCAGCACCCUGUGUUAGAGCCGCAUAUAUCCACAGAUUUUUCAGUUAGUUUGCACUCCGUCAAAAACCUUUAAACCUAAGUUUUACACAAAAAUAUAUUUAGGCAAGGAUUGCCACACACACACACUGAACUGCUUCCAGCAGUGGUUUUUGAUUCAGAGGAGGUGAGAGACUCAAAAGCCAAGAGGUCACACGCCUUUCUGCGGCCGAGUGAGUGUCAAGGUAUGAGGAUCGGUUCUCCCAAUGUCCUCUUUGUCUAGGGAGGUGAUAGACUCAAUACCAAGAGGGCAAACGGUACUGCGAUCAAGUGAGUGUCAAGGAGUGAGGGUCCGACUACCGAUGUCCCCACGUCUGGGGAGGCGAUAGACUCACGCCAAGAGGUCAAGCGCCAUACAGCAACCGAGUGAGUGUCAAAAUAGGAGGAUCUGCUCUACCAGUGUCCCCUGGGCCUACUGCCACAGAUUCAGUGAAAACACAAAUCACGCCGAUAAAGGGUUCCUUACACACUGCCCGUAUUGUCUGAUGUGGUCUACAGUGGGGGACAUGGGGUACCGCUAUCCACCGCGCCGGGGAGGCAGAGGGCUCUGUUUCUACCUGGGUGUGGCCCAGGCCCGAGUCGACGGUUUGAGAGUAUUUCCACUUUUAGUCCCGUAGAACUGGGAAAUCUUGCUAACCUUCUCUCAACCCCUCUGGUCUCCCUUUUACAACAGACUCAGAGUCAGUGUCCUCUGGUAGCCAAUUCAAAUUAUGCCCGUUUUUAUUGUUUUGCACUAUCACCAACCACAAUGUCCCCACAGAACUGUGCCUGGAGACCCCCGUGCAAUGGGCGUGAGCCCCGAGGGUUUAAUUCACUUCAGAGCACAGGAACCACCCCACAGCUGAUGUGAAAAACAAUAAAGAUGAAAAUAUGUCCCUGUGUCCUUAUUUCCUCUUCACUUAUUCUCUUAACUUCUUUUUUAUUCUUCUUUAUUCAUCUUCUUUAUUCUUCUUCUCUAUAGACGAGUCCCUGACUCCCUUGGGUCCCCGACCCCACAUCCCAGGCCAGACGUCUUCGGUGAUACGCACCGGCGGUCUCAGACCAACCUAGUCCCUGACCAGGGCUUUUCUAAAAUUUACAGGCGUGUAAAGUCCCAGGUCUACCUAGUCCCAGACUAGGAUUUUUGGAAAAAUUUUCGGACACCCGUCGUUUUUACAGAGGGCCGAUUCCCAGAAUCAUUUGAGUCCUUAUUGUAACCUGCCUCAGCUCUAACUGUUAGUGGAGAAACUGGGAGAUACAGAUAUUUUUCAUCAGUGUAUCAAUUCCCUCUUGGACCAGUAUCAGAAGGUUCUAGGUCGCUACAGGAGAAAGGGAGGCUUGACAACCUGCAAUGAGUGACGGAAUAAAGAACUUCACGCACUUCAAAGAUAAGUAUUUAAAUGAAUUGUAUUGAACAAGAAAUAGUUGUCGGAAAAUAAAUUAUAACAAAACAAUUCUUUCUGCUUUUCAGCUCUUCAAACAUGAAAUAUCAACCACGAUCCGCAAAUAAAUCAGUCUCUAUCUAAAUUUCAGUCUCUGGUUCUUUCCUUGGGUUGGCCCGCCACAACCACUGAGGUCCCGUGUUACCUUACAGACACAAGAUGAGUCCCCAGUAGAAGAUUUCUUCAAGGAAAGAUCGAGGACAGCAAAUGGAGAGUAUAACCAGAAGGCGCAGGUUAGCAUGGGUUGCCGCUGUCAGGCGAAAGAAUAUUACCUUCAAUCACAUAUCAGAGGGGAUGCGAGUAUGUUCCCUUCAUUUCCAUAAAGGACAACCAGCGUAUGAGAUGAUGGAGAGUGAUGCUGAUUGGGCUCCAUCGCUGCGUCUGGGACACACUGACAUCAAACCAACUGACUGUGCACGCUGUGAAAGACGAUGCAACCGUGAGCAGCUAAGAAACAACAUGCAGCAGGAGACCAUGCCUCAGCAGGAUGAACUUUGUGACCAUCAUGUCCUGGACAAUGCUGAGGUGCAUGCUGAUGGGACUGAAGAAUCCAUUACAGAUCAGACUGGUGAAGCACAAUCGCAUCCUGAACAGGAGAGUGAUACAUCGCAAUGCAGUGGCUGCAUCACGAAGAGUGGUGAAAUUAAUAGACUUCGAGAAGAAAAUCAAAAACUGAGGCAGCAACUUAAUAGGGUCAAGUUCAGCGAUGGAUUUUUUUCUGAAAAUGACACUGAUAAAGUAAGGCACUACACAGGACUGCCUAAUUAUCAAACAUACAUGGAAGUGCUGUCCUUUUUUAUGUCUGUCACCUCCUACAAAAAGACUCUGCUUACACCGUUCCAAAUGCUUCUUCUAACACUCAUGCGGCUGCGACUAGAUGUAUCUGUUUAUGUUCUUUCUGACCUGUUCCUUGUUUCAACAAGUACUGUGUAUAGAGUUUUCAAUGAUACUGUAUCACAUUUAUAUUCAUUCUUACGACAUUCUAUUAUAUGGCCAGACAGAGACACUUUGCGGAAAGUUAUGCCACAUCAGUUUGUUCAAUCGUUUGGCAACAGAGUUGCUGUUAUUAUUGAUUGCUUUGAAAUUUUCACUGAGAGACCUUCCAAUGUAAAAGCAUGUGCCCAGAUGUUUUCAAGUUACAAACACAACCACACCAUGAAGUAUCUUAUAGGAAUUACACCUAAAGGAGCCAUAUGUUUUUUGUCCAAAGGAUGGGGGGGCCGUACAAGUGACAAGCAUAUUACCCUGAAUAGUGGAUUUCUAAACAAACUGAUGCCAGGGGACAUUGUUUUGGCUGACAGAGGGUUUGACAUUCAGGAAAAUGUUGGAAUGUUGUGUGCAGAGGUUAAAGUCCCAGCUUUCACAAAAGGCAUGUCUCAGUUGGAUGCUAAAGACGUGGAGGAAACCAGGAAAAUAGCGCACCUUCGAAUCCAUGUUGAACGAGUGAUUGGAAAUGUGAACCAGAAGUAUAAGCUGUUGGCGGGAACAAUCCCAAUUUCGCUCAUACUGCCAUGUGAGGGCGAAGAUGUCACACUUUUGGAUAAGGUGGUUACAGUGUGUUGUGCUUUAACAAAUCUUUGCCCAACUGUUUGUAAGUAGUAUGUCACUGAUCAUUGAACAAACAGAAAUUGGUCUAGGCUAUAAAUGAUAGUGUUAAGUUAUUAAAUUUUUCCUUGUCAAGUG